AUGGAAAUGGAGGAGGAACAGGAUAAGAAGAAAGCCAGCACAGGGCCCUUCAAUCCUCUGGACUACACGGCCUCGUUGGGGUACCAGACACACCGACGUGCCGGACGAAACUCGUGGUCGAAAGAGGACGACGAGAAGCUGCGACGGCUGAUAAACGACGCCGUCGUCGCUAUGGGAUACAUCAACGGCAUCGAUGAUGUGAGGGACACGAAAACCUCUUUGAAAGUGUCGAAAGAGAUCCCCUGGGAUAGUUUGGCCUCAUUUUUCAAUCAACGGGGACGCACGGGGAAGGAUCUCCGGAAGAGAUGGAGUGGGUCGCUCGACCCGAACGUGAAAAAGGGCCGCUGGAAACCAGAGGAGGACAAGCUGCUGCUACAACUCUAUGAAAAGUACGGCCCACAUUGGAUGGCUGUCUCAAUGGAGAUUGCAAGCAGGACAGAGGACCAGUGUGCGAAGAGAUACACGGAGGUACUCGGGCCGUCGUCGAAGGGCAGGCUGAGAGAGUGGGCAGAGGCGGAGGAUCUGCUGUUGAUCAGCAAAGUGAAGAAGUACGGGACCAAAUGGAGGAAAAUCUCCUCAGAGAUGGAGUCCAGACCAAGCUUGACCUGCAGGAAUCGAUGGAGAAAGAUAGUCACGAUGAUAGCCCGCGAACAGGCGUCCGAAGUUAUCACGAAGGCUGUGAAGGAGAAUCAGGCAGUCAAGCUAGGCCCCGCAGAAGAGGAAGAGAUCCGGUGUAACAAAACUGAUAGGAAAGCGGGUAAGAGGAAACGACCAGUUGAAGAACGGUUGGAACCAAAUAGGGUUUCAUUAGGUUCAGGCGAGGAAGAGGAAGAGGAAGAGGAAGCAGGAGAAGAGAUUGAUGAAGCUGAGGAUGACGACGACGACGGUAGUUCAUCAGAUAAUGGCUGCUCCGCGGCAUCCAACCAACCGUUAGAAUCACAGGGAAAUCUGCAGUACCCUCACGCUACAGACCAUGCGCUGCGGGACACCCACAACGAACAAUAUUCUCUGGGACUCAGAAAUCAGCACAGGAAAAAAACGGCACCGUCCUCUACACAAACGGAAUGGAAAUUCGUGCUUAAGGACGGGAAGAGCUUAUCCAUUUCUAACGGGACCAUUAGCAAUACACAAUUAGUAAAAGAGUUGGUAGAGCAGGCUAGAAAAUACGAUCUGAAAGUAUCCAUCCAUCAGCAUAUUCACCAUCACUACGGAUCACAGUUGAGGAGACCUAACGAGUUCGACUCGCAAAACGCACCUUUGAGAUCCAUGUCCUCCAACUACGUCCAUCAAUUUCACAGAAGCACGACACCACCAGUCCCCACGUCUUUGUCGUCAACCAACAUAUCAGCUUUGAACACGGAUGUGUUUGAUGGGCUCGUCAAUCAAACCAACACAAUAAAUGAGAACCAGAACGGAGAUGAAGAGGACAGAAAGACACCGUACGAAUCAAGAGAAAACGAUUUCCUCUCCAAAACUCCCAACUUUAACAAUCUAGGACUCGAAUUGUCACCCGCUAUCACUGGCCACCUUCACAAUCACUCUCAUGAUAUGGGUCAUUUAGAAAAUAACGGAUUGAACGGCAACCUAAUCCAUGAUUCCAACAAGACGAAUCCACAUCCAAACUCAAAGUCACUUUUUUACCCAAACGAUGGUACACCGUCAUCCUCGACAAACAUUAUAGCACCCACGUUGCGGUCGAACCAUACGACAGGCUCGAGCUCUACAGGUUCCUAUAGCACCCCAGGCAGCGAACUCCCGGAUGUUGGUCCCAAUCGUAGCGCACACUUCAACUAUCUGCCGCCUACGAUACGACCCCAGCUGGAUUCUUCAGACAACACGCGUUCAGCUGAUUUGAGUAAGCUUUUGAAUCCAACACCUGGGCAACCUUCCCCACAAGGAAGAAGGAGUAAAAAACGACGGAGGACGAGAGCCAAAGGGUUAGGGUCUGAACCUAAUUCUUCGAACUCGACAAACACGAACACCCCUUUAAGCACGGUCCACACACCACACACAACGAACGACCACCCUGUACCACAAACAUCUCCAGGGACAAUGGGUUCUACUGUGUCCUCCGCAGAGGACGGUGUAGACUUUUGGGAAACGCUGAGUUCGUUAGCUAACAAUAAGAACAUACACAGACAUCAGCAUCAUCACAGUGGCGAUGAUAGAGCGACUGGGUUGGGCGUGGAGCAAGUAGCCGAGAGUCCGAACUACGAGCUAUUUACCUCUUUACUUGGUAAGGCUGGCCCGCGACACGAGGACCAUACUUAUAAGGAAACGGAUGAUGGUAAGCACAGUGACACAAACGAUAGCAUCGAUCCUUUGUUGCCCUUGAAUCCAAGUUAA